UAAAUAGAUCAUCUUGUCGGCUGUUUAAUCACAAAUUAAUCAUCUCUUGCAAUGAAAAUUGAAACAAUCGGAAAUUUACUUCACAGUUUCACCAUCUUACUGUUAUGCUUCUAUUCUUCAGACUCAUGCCUCGGAACUGUACACAGUAUCUCAAUUUGGCUACAUCGUGUCAAAUUCACCAUCUACAAUGGGAAAAUAUCUGAAACACUCCUCAAUUUCUCACUGCAAAUAAUCCAAGAGCCAGUGCUAUUUCAAACCAUGGAACUCUUUACAAUUGACUUCAAACCACUUCGUUCGAUGAUUAGUGCAAUUACCACGUACAUGGUGUUGUUUGUUCAAUUUCUACCCCGUCUGGUGACUUCUUCGUACUUAACUAUGGAUUGACCGAGAGUCUGUGUGCGAGAGAUUUUCAGCAGAAGUUGUUCUUUCUUUGUGUGUGAAUUUAAUUAAUAAAUUCUAGAGAAUUUUGCAUCA